AGUGAACUGUCAAUUUGUCAUUCUGUCUUUCCCUUCACUUGUGUAGGGUGCAGUAUCGGAAGUGUUUGGUUGUAGCUGAUAAAUGCUUGGUUUUUCAGUCCGUUCUCGGUGGAGGGAAUGAAAAUUUUUUAACCGGAUAUAGUUAGCUACCAUGCAUUUUACGUAGCAUUAGUUACGUAGCAUUAGAUUUAGGUCAGCUGACAUGGUAACUAACAAAUGAAAAUUUGGGCAGAGUCAAAACCCUAACUUCACAGCCAGGGGCCUGUCCUAGGGCCUCGUUCGUCUUGUACAGACGCUGUCCAGAGUGAGGAUAAAUUCAUCAUUCAUACAGUGUGUAUGGACCUUGACUGCCAUUCGGAAAUGUACCAGCCAUAACUUCAGGGUAGUCUGCUGGUAAUGACCAAUAUGGCGCCUCCUGCACGACGACACAGGCGGUCUCGAAUGGCCAUGAUUGCUGACUCAGGAUGUCUUGGCUGUUGCAGUGUGUUCUGUAUUUUCAUUGGAGUCCUUUUACUGUGCCCAGGAAUCUUUAUUACGUUGCAAUCCUAUGGAGUCAUAGACUUUGUCUCUCUUCCUGAGUUCUUCCGUAUUAUAGGCCCUGUGGCGUGCACUGUUGGGGUGCUAUUCAUUUUGACUGGUAUUACUCUGUGCUCACACAUUGGAGAGAAAAUAAAACGGCGAGAUUCGCAGAGAGAAUCACAGAGGCAGGAAGUGACCUACUCUCCAGGAUCCUCCACACGAUAUGGCACCAACACGCAGAUGGCCACAUUCCCGUCAGCGCCUUACGGCAACCCUGAGCUCUACUCUGGCUGGGGCGCACAGUACCCACAUCAACAUAUACCCCCACCCCCUCCCCCUAACAUUAUGUACCCUCCCAACCCACCAACACCAUUCCAACCCUUUAUGUACCCACAGUCUUCAGAUGCAGGUUCACCAGUAACUCCUUCAGCUCCACCUCUCCCAACAGAUGAUGAAAGGCCACCCAGUUAUGACACUGUAAUGCGAGAGAAACACUGAUAAGCCACCAACUGGCUAGAAAUUGCAUUCCACAUCAAGUCGCUCAUCACUAGCUCUGCCAUUUAUUGCUCCAUUUUUUGUAUGGAAUGAACAUUUUUAUGGAAGAAAUGUGCUUUGUUUUACGAUGCUAUGUGCAAGUUUGACAUUUUUUUGCCUGGACUGUGGUGAAACCCUAUUGGUGGUCACUGUUUGCAGAGAAGUUUAACUUCUCUAAUGUAUUAUUUUCCCAUUCUGAUCUCAGUGCUAUCUCUACUGAUACAUUCUACUGCCAGCUGUGAUCACAAGUGGCAGACAGUUCAGUGCUAUGAUGCACACCUGUGCUCUCAGUGCAAGCUCAUCAUAGCUCAGCUGGUUUUUACCCCAGGACAAUAAUGCUGAGCUGUUUUUUUUUUUUUCUUUAAUUCGACGAUCUGAAUGUCAUUUAACGUUGAAGUGUGUACCAUUUGUCACAACAAGAAAAAGUCGAGAGAAAUGGAUGUUUGUGUGGAUGGUUUGGUUUUGAAAUGUGAUGCAACACAGGGUAUGUGUAAGGUACACAAAAAGAACACUGAUAUGGGUAAAUGGAGGAUCAUCCCUGAAAUUUGGAAUCUGUCAUCACAGCCUCCAUUCCUUUAAUAUGAAGGGUUUGUGAUGGAAUUUCCUACAAAAGUUGUCUCCCCAUAGAUGAGCCAUUUUGUCUGGGCAAAUUAGAAUUCCUGUCACAAAACUUGAUGAAAAUCAAUGUUGAGGUGAACUGAUUCAACGGUCACAGUGUGAUUGUGUUAAUAUACAUAUAUGUGUACAUGUAUAUAUAUAUAAAUAAAUUGUGAUUACAUUUGUUCAUGUAUUAACAUUUGACUUUUAUCCAAAGGACCUGUUAAAUGUUCAGUAGUGGCUUACAGCCACAAGCUUUUGCAAUUUAAAUUGUGAGAUUACAUACUUAAUCCUUCUUAUCUGAACUUUUAACUUAUUACUCCAUUAAUACAGGCGUUAUGUUGUACAUAAAAUACUGAUAUUGGUGUACUAAGUCACUAGAACAUCUGACUGGGUCACAAAGUUUAGGUAGUCGUGUAAAAUGUUAAUGUUCAGACCUGGACUACUUGUUGACAAGAGGUGAUAGUGAUGUUGAGGAAUGAAUAUGACUGUCAGUGGUAUAGUUUUAGUAUAAUUAAGUAUGUCUCAAGUAACCCCAUAAGUAUGUUUAUAAAAAUGCACUGCCAGAGAUUGCCAGAUGUGUGUUUCUGGUAUUUGACUGACUGACAAAAUGGUGAAAGAAAGCUGUGCACAGUUUCUGUGUAAUAACAGUUCUUAAGGCGAUGUGAAAUAUAUGCUCUAACUUUCCAUGUUUAUUUUUAAUUCCAUUUAUUGUAAUUUACUGUAGUGUUGAGUUUUGAUUGGGGAGGUCAGAGCAAGUAUAAACCAAACAUCUAAGGUGUAAUAAUAUUCAAGAUUCCUCUUCCUAAUCAUCAUUCUUACCUUUUUUAUACAACCAUUUUAUUUGUUAAAUUUUCUUUAUUUGCUUGUAUAAUACUCACCAACUGUUCGGAUUUUUAGCAUCAAUAAAAGCUUUUUUGGUGU